AUGUCUGGUCGUGGCAAAGGAGGCAAGUCCCGCAAUAAGGCAAAGAGUCGUUCGGCCAGAGCUGGCCUCCAAUUUCCCGUUGGCAGGGUGCACCGCCUCCUGCGCAAGGGUAACUACGCUGAGCGCAUUGGUGCCGGAGCCCCGGUCUAUCUUGCCGCUGUUCUUGAGUACUUGGCCGCCGAGGUUCUCGAACUCGCAGGGAACGCGGCUCGCGACAACAAGAAGACUCGCAUCAUUCCCCGGCACCUUCAGCUCGCCAUACGCAAUGAUGAAGAGUUGAACAAACUACUCGGUGGCGUCACCAUUGCUCAAGGUGGUGUGCUGCCUAACAUCCAGGCUGUUCUGCUCCCCAAGAAGACAGAGAAGGCCGGCAAGUGA